UUCAAGACCUCCAUUUCAUUUCAGCUUGUCCCCGUCCACCUCACAGCAGUACAGAGUCUGUCUUCAAGCAUGAAAUAAUGUAGGCUGCAUUAGUUUACUAUUGUGUGUGUGUGUGUAAGUUAUAAAAGAUGGGCAGUAAUGUGGAGCAGAGCUGCUUCUCUGUCACUCUGAGCUUUCUGAAGGACUCUGAGGAAAAAACUGAAGUGUCCAAACAGACAAACCAUCAGGAUCUGACUCUAAGGGUCGACAGAGACACGGAGGACGUCACCUUUACAGUAGAGGACGGUGAUGGAGUGUGUGUCUUUAAGUUCUCCACUAUGAGGGAGACACUCGAGUGUUGUCGAGUGGGGACUCAGUGCUUCCUUGUAACUGUGGGUUGUGUGAGCAUCUUAUUGCACUUCAAGACUCAGACAGAGUUUCAGACCUUCCACAGAAUGAUAAGGGCAUGGACUGACAGCAGGAGAGAGCUGUCAGCAUUCGACCAGAGGACAGAGAGUUCAUCUGCUCUUCAGUACUUCCAGUUUUAUGGCUGUCUGUCUCAGCAGCAGAACAUGCUUCAGGAUUACCUGAGAACGGCCACGUACCAAAAAGCCAUUUUACUGAACGACAUUGACUUCCGAGACAAAGUGGUGCUGGAUGUUGGAUGUGGAAUGGGGAUUUUAUCGUUUUUUGCCGUGCAGGCCGGCGCUCGGAAAGUGUACGCGGUGGAGGGCAGUUCUGUGGCCAAACAUGCAGAAGUACUUGUGAGGAGUAACGGCUUGGAGGACAGGAUCACGGUGCUCGCUGGGAAGAUCGAGGAGGUUUGCUGCCCUGAGAAUGUGGACAUCAUCGUCUCGGAACCCAUCGGCUACAUGCUCCUCAAUGAGAGGAUGCUGGAGAGCUAUUUACACUCCAAAAAAUGGUUGAAGCCUAAAGGCUUGAUGUUCCCCACCUUCAGCGAUAUCCACCUGGCACCAUUUACAGAUGAGCAGCUUUACUUAGAGCACCAUGCACGUGCCAAUUUCUGGCUCCAGACCUCUUUUUACGGAGUCAAUCUGAGCAGACUUCACUCUGCCGCCAUGGACGAGUUCUUCAAACAGCCGAUUGUGGAUACAUUCGAGACUCAGAUUCUGAUGGCCAGGUCUGUAAAACACAGCAUUAACUUUAUGGAAGCAAAAGAAGACGACUUGCACAGGAUAGAAAUUCCAUUUAUCUUCAAGAUCAUGCAGUCAGGACUGAUUCAUGGACUUGCGUUCUGGUUCGAUGUGGCAUUUGCAGGGUCCAGCCAUACAGUGCUCCCAGUGAUCUUCUGGAACGUCUCCUAGAAGUCUUCUUUUCGAAGUGUGUCAAACACCUUUUGUGAUUUGCACCGGAUCUGCACAACAGUGUCGAAACAGUGAGCUGAUCUUCAUCUUUGGGAAGAGUGUGAAGUCAAAAAGGACUUCCUGAUCUCUCGUUGUGUUCCAGUGAUGUUGCAGCAUCGCCGCAUGUCACACGUACGUCGUGUCAAACGUCUCUGUGGCAGAUUUGCCCAUUUUUACGCAGAACUUCACGUUUGCGCUGUUUUCUAAGCUGUCCGUGAUGAAAUCGCAGACGUGGGAACGCACGUGGGUCAGAGCAGAACCAGUUGCACAGCUCCUGGUGUACACAGGACAAUUCCUUUUGGCUUACAAUGUCCGUGCUCCCUGUGACUGUGAGUGCAGCCUUGUGAUGCCGACUGUUGUCAUGCUACAAAAAUAGUUUUGAAAAUUCUUUGACACAGCCAAUUUUUGUUAUUUGUAAAAUUUAUAUUAGUUUUUUAAUUUUUUUUAUUUUGUGACUAUUUGCUAAAAGUUGCACAACAAAAAUAAAAUUGAUUUAAUGGAAUAAACUGGUGAUUAUUCUGUACUCAAAGAACAACAGUGUGGCUGUCCACGGCACCACAUGAGCCACUGUCCCACUGGUACCAGGUCCGAUGUCUCUUUCAGACGCCUCUGUUUGCCAAAAUAGGCCAGACGCUAUCUGGAAGGGUUCUGCUGAUCGCCAA